UCCGGUCAGAGCCGGUCAAGUAGACGGCGACUGGAACCACCGGUUUCUUGGGCUACGCUGGUUCAUCUACUGCGCCUGUGCAUUUUCCUCUUCCGUUUCCUGAAGUGGACCGCCCAAGGUUGCUAGGCAACAGCCCCGGGUGGCCUUGCCUUAGGGUCCCUGAGCGCUUCCGGCCGAAGAAAGGAGCCGCCGGCGUCCUGACCUGGGAAAAGAGGCCGCGUCGCCGCCGGCAGUCCUGAAGUUGGAGGGAGGAAACUUGUACAAAUAAAGACUGACAGUGAGGGAUUCAUUGGAUUAUUUCAAGAUGAGCUUUCUGUUGCCCAAGCUGACUAGCAAAAAAGAAGUCGACGAGGCAAUAAAGAGCACUGCAGAGAAGGUGUUGGUUCUCAGGUUUGGGAGAGACGAGGAUCCUGUCUGUCUGCAACUAGAUGACAUUCUUUCUAAGACCUCUUCUGACUUGAGUAAAAUGGCUGCUAUAUAUCUGGUGGAUGUGGACCAAACUCCAGUCUAUACACACUAUUUCGACAUCAGUUAUAUUCCAUCUACUGUGUUUUUCUUCAAUGGGCAGCAUAUGAAAGUGGAUUAUGGAAGGCGAAUAUUCCCAAAUAUGACCUCCAUCAAGACAUUUAGCACAUUAACUACCAUGACAUUACAUACCAAAUACCUUACAAGUGUGUAAAAAUUUUAAUCCAGCAAUUGCAUUUCCAGGAAUUUAUUUGAAGAAAAGUAAUUCUGAAAGUGGGCAAAAUUGGCUCCAGGGAUACUUAUUUCAUCAUUGUUUAGGAAGCAAAAUACUUAGAAUUUAGAUGUCCACAAAGGGAUACUAGAUACCAAUUUACUCUGAUGUUGUAGAUGCAUGGUUAACUUUGAACAAAACAUAUCUUUUUUAAAAACCACAUUGCAAAAUAGAAUGUGUGAUAUAAUUCCCAUUACUGUGAAAAAAAAUGCACAUAGAGACACAUACACGUACGUAUGAUUGGAGGGAUAUAUACCAAAAUGUGGCAACUUUUUUUGUCUUGAAAAAUUUCUGCAAUGAGCAUACUUGAUGUUCAAAAUAGUGAAGAAAAAAAAGGAAGAAGGAAAGAAAUUAAUACUACUCAGAAAUGGAAGUGACUGGAACUUGGAGACCACGACUAGGGCUUUGCACAGUGCCUAGCCAAACACAAAAACAAUGAAACAAACUAUGCCCACACCAGUACUCAGGGAAUUGUACUUGAGAAUGAGUUGAGAAAUGGUUAAAAUACAUUUUGAGCAGAAGCUUUCCAUAUGAUAGAGCUUACGUGCUAUUCCAUGCCCACAGCUCUGGUUUUAGUCGUAUAUCAAAUGGGCCCUGUAAUUGCAAAUGGAAAAAUCAUUGUUGGGCCUUAUGGCUAAAGUCUCCCUUACAGGAAGAGCUACUGUUCGUUUUGUUUGCCCUGAAGGUCUUCAGCAAGUAAAUGUUCAAAGUUCUGAGCCAGGUUGUUUCUCUUCUGUGCU